CCAGAAGUGGCCAAAGCUUUUCACCUCGGAAAUCGGAACGUCAUACUUCCUUUGCCCUCUUCUCCUCAAACGCACGCUCAAACCUCAAAAAAAACCCUUUCCCCUUCAACCGUAACCAUUUCCUUUGUCUUCAACGACAAGGCAUCGUAUCGCGUCCACGUCAAAAUCGUCGGUAUCAUGUCCCUCAACAUCACAGUCCGCCAAGGGCCAGCGCGCCUAGCUCAGCGCCUGCCCGAGCUGACCAAAUCGCCGACUUUCCGCGCGACCGCAUCCCGAGCCUUCCACCAGGCAGCCUCGGCCCCCUCGAAGCAGAGCGCGAAGCUCGCCCCAGCCUUCUUCACCGCCCGCUUGACCACCGCGAAGAGCGGAUUGGCGGCCACCACGUCUCCAUUUGCCCUGCGCGCCGCCUUCCGCAACGGCGCCCGUUCGUUCAACCAGCAGACCUACGCCCAGACGCAAGAGGCGAGCGGGAGCAGGCUGCGCAAGCUGGUGGUCGGGGGAGCCAUUUUCGGCGGCACGCUGGUGGCCAUCAACGCCGUGUUCAACCGCGAGACGAGGGAGGAUGGCGGCAUGCCGCCGUAUGAGCGGGAAUAUCUCAACAGCACCUUCCUUCACACCGGCCUCGGCAUCGGCAUCAUCGGUCUCACGGCUCGCCAGAUGGUGCAGAGCGGGUUUGUGUAUCGGCUUAUGGUGACGAACCCCUGGGCUGUCGGUCUCGGCGGCCUGGCUCUCAGCUUUGCCACCAUGAUUGGUACUCGUUCGAUCUCGCCUGACAACUAUAUCCCCAAAUACGCCCUCUGGACCGCCUUCAACGCCACCCAGGCCGCCUUCGUCGCCCCCCUCCUGGCCUUCGUCCCGACCGCUCUCCUCGCCCGGGCCGGCCUGUACACGGUCGCCAUGAUGGGCAGCUUGUCGGUGGUCGGCGCCACCGCCAAGCAGGAGAAGUACCUCUACAUCGGCGGCCCUCUGCUCGCGGGCGCUGCCAUCGUCGCGGCUUCGGGUUUCGCUCCCCUGCUGAUCCCCGCCACGGCUGUCCGGACUCUGGCUUUCACCGAGAGCAUCUGGCUGUACGGUGGUCUCGCCGUGUUUGGCGGCUUCACCCUGUACGACGUGCAGAAGGUGCUGUACCACGCGCGCUUGGCCCAGGCUGGCGUCAUGCGGAAGGACCCCGUCAAUGAGAGCAUCGCGCUCGAGCUGGAUUUCCUCAACAUCUUUGUCCGCAUGGUUCAGAUUCUCAUGAUGCAGGGUAACCGCCGGAAGUAGAUGGACUGAGAGGUGAUGGAGAAAGAAGGGGGGGGGGAGAGGCGAUGAGAACAUGAUUUCAAAGGAUCAAUAGGUUGCUGCUAGCAGUGUUGUUUUACAGGUUGCCAUAAUGCAGUUUGGACAUGGCAAGCUGAAGAGAGACAAAUUCUCCCCUCCGGCCAACCGACAAACAGCGAAAAGGGGGCUUUUCUUGUAGAUUAUAUUUUUAUUUGUAUCAGAUACCUCGGCAAUCCGCCACAAAUUUGAUCCCCCUACUUUAUGAUGGUAAUAGAAUGUGAAGGGCCAACCGAAGCCCG